AGGUCCGAGAGCAAUCAUCUCUGGACAGCAGCUAUGCAGCUGGCUGUGCUGGCUGUGCUGUACGCUGUGAGUGUGCUGCCUGGCACCCUGGCCCUGCAGCUUCCCCGGAAGGCAGGAGGCAUGAGUGAGCCGCCGUGGGAACAAGCUCAGGACUAUCUGAAGAGAUUUUAUCCAUCUGACUCAAGAUCAAGGGACCCCAAUAGUUUAGAAGUCGAACUCAAGCAGAUGCAAAAAUUCUUUCGCCUGCCUAUAACUGGAACAUUAAGCUCCCAUACUAUAGAAAUCAUGCGGAAGCCCAGAUGUGGAGUGCCAGAUGUUGCAGAAUAUUCCCUAUUCCCAGAUCGCCCAAAAUGGACUUCCAAAGUAGUCACCUACAGGAUCGUGUCAUAUACUCGAGACUUACCACAUGUCAUAGUGAAUCAAUUAGUGGCAAAGGCCUUCAACGUGUGGAGCAAAGAGAUCCCACUGAGCUUCAAGAGAGUUAGUUGGGGAAUUGCUGAUAUCAUGAUUGGCUUUGCAAGAGGAGCUCACGGGGACCCCAACCCAUUUGAUGGGCCAGGAAACACACUGGCCCAUGCCUUUGCACCUAGGCCAGGCCUGGGAGGAGAUGCUCACUUUGAUGAGGAUGAACGCUGGACUGAUGGUAGCAGUAUAGGAAUUAACUUCCUGUAUGCGGCAACUCAUGAACUUGGCCAUUCCUUGGGUCUGGAUCAUUCAUCUGAUCCUAAUGCUGUGAUGUAUCCAACUUAUGGAGAAGGCGAUUCCAAGAAUUUCAAACUUUCACAGGAUGAUAUCAAUGGAAUUCAGAAAUUAUAUGGAAAGAGAAAUGAUUCAAGAAAAAAUUAGAAACUUCAGGGAGAACACACAUUCAUUCAUUGGAUUCUAUAUAGUUGUUCCCAACCAGAAUUAAAGAACACUGUUGCUGCACUCCAUUUACCCCUUGCUGCCUCCAUCCUUGUACUGUGGUUGGUUUUUGUACAUCUCUCUCCCCCUCCGGGGAUAAACCCUUUUAUGACAUUACUAUGUCUUACUCAUCUAUGACUCUCCUCAAGCAACAUGCACUUGG